UAGUUUUCGUUGAUGAACAGUCUGUUUUCUUGUCUCUCCCUCUUUGUUUCUCAUCAAAAGCUCGAUCUACCGAACCAAAAUCUUUGAAAUUAAGACCCAAAUCCUGUUUCUGGACAUCGUCUCUGCGUUUCGUUCCUUCUCAUUCAAUCACUAACGAGAUGAAACAGAGCAGAGAUGGAAUCUGGAGUGAUAGAAAUUCAAAAUCUUCAUCAGUUGCCUCUGUUCCCCUCAUUCUCGAUAUAGAUGAUUUUAAGGGUGAUUUUUCAUUUGAUGCGUUAUUUGGCAACCUUGUAAAUGAUCUGCUCCCAUCUUUCCAAGAUGAAGAAGCAGAUUCAGCUGAAGGUAAUAUAGGUGGGAGUGAUAUGUUAGCAAAUGGGGAUAUAAGAGCCCCAUCUGACGCAGCAAAAUUGGCGCAAGGGUUGUCUUCUCCCUUAUUUCCUGAAGUGGAUGGUCUUUUGUCUUUGUUUAGGGAUUCUUGUACGGAGUUGAUAGACCUCCGAAAACAGAUUGACGGAAGGCUCUACAAUCUCAAGAAGGAGGUUUCUGUCCAAGAUUCUAAGCACCGUAAAACACUUGCUGAGCUGGAACAGGGUGUAGAUGGCUUGUUUGAUAGUUUCGCUAGGCUUGACUCACGUAUUUCAAGUGUUGGACAGACUGCUGCCAAAAUAGGAGACCAUUUGCAGAGUGCUGAUGCUCAAAGGGAAACAGCUAGUCAAACAAUAGAACUCAUAAAGUAUUUGAUGGAAUUCAAUGGCAGCCCAGGUGACCUAAUGGAACUUUCACCUCUGUUUUCGGAUGACAGCCGUGUUGCUGAGGCUGCUUCAAUUGCACAGAAAUUACGGUCAUUUGCUGAGGAAGAUCUUGGAAGACAAGGCUUAUCCGUACCAUCUGUUAUGGGAAAUGCAACCGCAAGCAGAGGAUUAGAAGUUGCAGUUGCUAAUCUUCAGGAUUACUGCAACGAACUGGAGAAUAGAUUGUUGGCUCGGUUUGAUGCAGCAUCACAGAAAAGAGAAUUAUCGACCAUGGCAGAAUGUGCUAAAAUUUUAUCUCAGUUCAACAGGGGCACAAGUGCCAUGCAACAUUACGUGGCAACACGUCCAAUGUUCAUUGAUGUGGAAGUCAUGAAUGCAGACACUAGAUUGGUUCUUGGUGAUCAGGGUUCUCAUGCUAGUCCAAGCAAUGUUGCUCGUGGACUUUCUUCCUUGUUCAAAGAAAUCACAGACACUGUCCGUAAAGAAGCUGCUACUAUUAUGGCAGUAUUCCCUUCUCCUAAUGAUGUCAUGUCAAUUUUAGUUCAGAGAGUUUUAGAGCAGCGAGUUACAGCUCUUUUGGAUAAAUUGUUAGUGAAACCAUCUCUUGUGAAUUUACCUCCCAUGGAAGAAGGUGGACUUUUAUUGUAUCUUAGAAUGCUAGCAGUGGCAUAUGAGAAGACUCAGGAACUGGCUAGAGAUCUACGAGCCAUGGGAUGUGGUGACUUAGAUGUUGAGGGCCUCACAGAGUCUCUGUUCUCUUCCCACAAGGAUGAAUAUCCUGAACAUGAGCAGGCCUCUCUUAGACAGCUAUAUCAAGCAAAGAUGGAAGAACUGCGUGCUGAGAGCCAGCAUCUUUCUGAAUCAACUGGGACUAUUGGGCGCUCAAAAGGGGCUUCUGUAGCAUCUUCCCACCAGCAGAUAUCUGUAACAGUUGUGACAGAAUUUGUGCGGUGGAAUGAGGAAGCAAUAUCAAGAUGUGCUUUGUUUUCAUCUCUGCCUGCUACGCUUGCAUCCAAUGUGAAAGCAGUGUUCACUUGCAUGCUAGAUCAAGUAGGGCAAUAUAUAACAGAAGGUCUUGAACGGGCUAGAGACGGCCUCACUGAAGCUGCAGCUCUAAGGGAACGGUUUGUGCUGGGAACGAGUGUUAGUAGAAGGGUUGCUGCUGCAGCUGCCUCUGCUGCAGAAGCUGCUGCUGCUGCUGGUGAGAGCAGUUUCAGAUCUUUCAUGGUUGCUGUACAACGUUGUGGAAGUAGUGUGGCUAUAGUGCAGCAAUAUUUUGCAAAUUCCAUAUCUCGCCUCUUACUACCCGUGGAUGGCGCACAUGCUGCUUCAUGCGAAGAAAUGGCAACAGCCAUGUCCAGUGCAGAGGCUGCAGCUUAUAAGGGGCUUCAACAAUGCAUUGAAACUGUUAUGGCUGAGGUAGAGCGAUUGCUAUCAGCUGAACAAAAGGCAACAGAUUAUCGGUCACCUGAUGAUGGAAUGGCUCCUGAUCAUCGUCCAACAAAUGCCUGCACAAGGGUUGUGGCAUAUCUUGCACGUGUGCUCGAGGCUGCAUUCACUGCAUUGGAAGGUCUUAACAAGCAAGCAUUCCUGACUGAAUUGGGAAUUCGCUUGCACAAGGGGCUGCUUAAUCAUUGGCAGAAGUUCACUUUUAAUCCCAGUGGAGGAUUGCGGUUGAAACGUGAUAUAACUGAGUAUGGAGAAUUUGUGCGUAGUUUUAAUGCUCCUUCUGUUGAUGAGAAGUUUGAGUUGUUGGGCAUAAUGGCCAAUGUCUUCAUUGUUGCUCCUGAAAGCCUUUCCACUUUGUUUGAGGGUACCCCCAGUAUACGCAAAGAUGCACAAAGGUUUAUUCAGCUUAGAGAGGACUACAAGAGUGCUAAACUUGCAUCAAGACUUAGUUCCUUGUGGACAAGCUCUAGUUGAUAAAGCAUCUGAUGUAUAUAUUAUUUUCCAUAUUUCUUGGAUGUCUUGCAUGAAAUGGUGGAUACUUCGCACGGAGCACUUUCUCUGGUGGGCAACAGUCACCUCUAACUGGAUCGCUUGUGGCUCUGAGACCAAGUUGUUGAGCAGUUUGGAAAUAAACUUUAUUCCCCCGUCUAUUCAGCUCAGCUUGGUCAGGAAUCCGGUACAGUAGAGUUUUCUUUGAAUUUUUUUCUUUUCCAUUUUGCUUGUAUAUUUUAUUGACACAUAGUUGGCAAGAUGCGGGUCGAUUUUUAUUUUCAACUGUCAUUUUACAUAUUAGAUUCACAGUUUUGCUUUGAUGAUUCAGAGAAGGAUUAUGCUGUCUGUUGUGUCCUUGUAAAUGAUUCUCUUAGGGAUGAAAAUGGCACUUUAGGGGUGAUUUUUUUUUUUUAA